AUGUUAGCACGAUGUGUGAAAGGCAUCUGGACCAGUGUAAAUAUCCGCCGACGCAAGGGAAAACUUCGUCGGUUAGUAGACAACAUUCCACUUGAACUCAUCACAGAGAUCUGCUGUUUCCUCGAUCCACAAAGUCUCAUGUCUCUCGCUCGUACUGCAAAAAUAUUCGCACGUCUUCUGUUAAAGCCAGAGCGUUCAUGGGUGUGGCGGGUGUCGCGAGAGAGCUAUGUCCCUAAUCUGCCGCCCAUUCACGAGGACCUUACAGAACAGCAAUAUGCCGUACUGGCUUUUGGGAAUGCAUGCCAGAGUUGCGGUACCACAACGACUUGUUUCAAAGUGAGCUGGCGCUUGCGGAGGCGUUGGUGUAGAAGAUGCUAUAAUCAACUUCCACAACAUUCCGGGUUUUGCGACGUAUGGAUUCAUCGAGAAGAGGUAGAAAUUGCGGAGAGACAUGAAGGAUGUAGUCGGUUGAUCCUACACCAAGAUACCAUAAACCCAAAAAUACUAGGAAGAAUUUUCGAAGGAUGGCCUGCACCUGGCCAUAGACCAAGAACUAUUUGUCCUGUGGAUGAGCUUGAAGGCUUAAAAAUCAAGCUGAACAAACUGAGUGACGUGGAAUGGGAGACAUUUGUUUCCACACGCCUUGCUGAGCGAAAGGUGCUAGAAAUGGGAACUGUAUCUCAAACAAGAGUAUUCCACAUCCCACGAAAGCAUUCGGACAACGCUGAUAAGGGCGGGUUUCUGAUGAUGAUGAGUCUGAUUUGUUAUCCCCCUGAUGCAUGA